UACACACUAAAUUACUGUAUCUCUGACGUUUAUCGGUUGAAAAUUAAGCAACUACUUUAAUGCACUGGCUAACAAACGACAACGCUCAUCACAGCGUGUAUCAACACAUCUACUUUUACAUACACGAUAUCUAUGCUCCAACCGAAUGGAAUUCUCACGCCAGGAGUUCGCUUAGAUUUAUGUUUUUUUGUUGUGUUUAUUGCUGGCACAAUUGAGAAAUACAUACUUUUUUCAUGCAUACAUGUAUUUAUGAUGAAACGUCAUCAAUGCAUGUGGUUAAACAGACCAAUCACGGCAUUCUGUGUUGGUCACGUGACGCAAUGUUUUUGUAGGUCUGGAAGCCGCGAAUAUUCAAUUAAAAAUGGCGACAGGGGGAAACUUUUUAGCUAAUAGCCCCAAAAAAGGCUACGACGCGUACGAAACGUAUAUCGAAGACCCCUCCUCCGUCGAGGAGAAAUUAUUCGGCCACUCGGCGGAGGAGUCCGACGACAAGGACGCUCCGGCAGUGUUCUUCUGCGACAAAUGCAAACUACCUGUCGGGGAUUCUCUGUCAUGGGACGGCAGCGACGACAAACGAAACCACAUUCACCUCAAGCGAGUCACCGAAAACGUGCUGGUUUCAAAAGACGCUCGGCUGCAUGAAGAUAGCAAAGGUUCUCCCUGUAUAAUUGUGGAUUUGGUGUGUCGGGGGUGCCAGACUGUUUUGGGGAUGAUCUACAAGUCCACACCAAUAAGCAUGGACCACAAGAGAUAUACUUUUUGCUUCAUGGUGGCAAAAAUUGGCAGUUAUGAAUUGGGUACCGCUAGCCAGAUGUUGUCAGGAGGGGGCGCCAACAGGCAGCCGGUCACUCUGGAAGUCAGAGACGACGUUGAACGGCAGCUCACUGAGUGUCUUGACAUGCGGCUUCUCUGGUCGAAAUGCGCCUAGCAACACUUCCCGAUGAGGCAUCGCCCUCCACCCCCCCACCCGCGAGGUUUCAUCAUCCGACAACAACGGCGCGGUCGCCACGGCAACAGGCGCCACGCGCUACCUCGGCCGGCCCGAAGCGGGAGGGGCCGGCGUGCACGCGCGCCGGCUAAUCUGUUUUUCUCCCGCCCGCCUGACCCCACCCUUCCCCCGCCCUGACUGGGAAUAACAACACACAAAGCAGUGGAGGUGCAAACAGAUGUGCGUUUGUCAGCAUGCGCUUAAUUGGAGCCCAGAACAAACAAACAAACAAACAAACAAGUACCACAAUUUGAAAUGGAAAUGUCUUCUUCCUAUAUAUUUGUACAUGAGCUCAUCCAAACAGGGCUAGAGAUGAGGUCAGACUGAACAUGUGGUCAGAUAUGAGCUCAGCCAGAACGUGACUAGUCUGCAAAGGUGACGCUAAACCUGCUUUACACCAUUAUUCCUUAUAUUUCUAUGAAACUGUGAACAUACUGUGUGUUUCAGUACAGAAGCCAAAUGACCUUAAAAAUGUUACAUUUAU